AUGUUCCACAAAAUUCUUACUCUUUCUACACUACUCGGAUUUACCACUGCAUUUCACCAGUAUCGAAUACUGGAUUGUACAGAGAGUGACAAAAGAACGGAUGGCUCAUCAGGCAAAAUUGGCUGUCAUUUGGUUUUGAAAAAUGAAGAAUUUGAAACGGGUAGAAAUGCUCCGGAAGGUUCCGGCUGCUACACAGAAGGUUCAGGUGAAAAUGCAAAAGUUUUCUGCGCCAUUGUUUGUCCAAACGCUCAUUUGGUGUUUCAUUCAAAGUCGUUGAGCGACAAAAACUGCUUCAAAUUCAUUUCAUACGGACUCACUCAGAAAGACGGCGAUUGGUACUUAUGGCGAUCAGGAAAAUGCCUUAAUAGUCCGAAAGCAUUUGAAAUUGGAUGUAAAUUCGAGGAUCCUUUUGAGAAACAAUUCCCUGACGACAAUGUGAUCUUUAAGCAUUUAGCUGCCAGAGUUCGAGCUUAUUGA